AUGACGAUAUCAAAUAUCUGUAUGCCGCACGUCUCCUCGACGUUAAAGAGACCCCCAAAACCGAAGCCAGCCAAUCCGAUCGAGACGGCAGUCAAAUCAUGGCUAGCUUCGUUCCCUCUCGGGUCACUGGAGAGCUUCGAGCUUGAUGCGGAAAUUUUGCUCUCUAGCAUACCCAAGAGAUGGGUAGUUUAUGCCCCGAUGGUUCUUUUGCCGGCGGGGAGCUUUGGCCCGGAGUGGUGGGAGAUCAUCCGUCUCGAAGUCAUGUCGUCGAAGGCCGACGAGCUAUGGAAAUUGAUGCUGCAAAACAUCGAGAAGCGAGAAGGAAAGGGUAUCCUCACCCAUCUUGCGAUCAAUUCUGGGAUCCCUCUACACAAGACUACUACUGGCUCUGAACCAGAUCAGAGAACACCGAGUACAUCGGAACCAGCGGAUGCCGAGAAUAUUCUUAGGACCCCCAGCGGUUUAGUUAUGCUAUACGGUGACUUCGGCCCGCGAUCAUCCCCAGACCUGGAGCCCGCAGAGAAGGACUUUGAAGACGCGUUUUGGGUCAGCACGAAGCAGAAUGGUAUCACUCAGGUCUGGGCACCUCGGUACACCAUGUUCAGUCGCGGAAACGUCAAGGAGAAAGCACGACUCCUUGAUUUUCACAGUCCAAAAUCAGGAGCGAAUUCGUUGCGCAGGGAACAGCUGAAGAGCGCCACCGCGGUUGAUCUCUACGCGGGCAUCGGAUACUUUGUUUUCAGCUACGCUAAGAUGGGAAUGAAAAGAGUGGUUGGGUGGGAGUUGAACCCCUGGUCUGUCGAAGGCCUGAGGAGAGGCGCAGUGGCAAAUGGCUGGUCUGUGAAGGUUGUCAAAGAUGGCACCGAUUUUGGUGCAUUUGACGAGCAAAUCGUCAUGUUUUUGGAGGAUAACUCGAUGGCCGCGGACAGAAUCCAAAAAUCAAGAGCUCUGGAUCUAGAUAAUAUCAGGCAUGUGAAUUGCGGUUUGUUACCGACAAGUGAGCCGGUCUGGGACAAGACCCUCCGGAUUCUGAGGGGAGACGACGGGUGGCUCCAUCUCCAUGAGAAUGUGGGGGUCAGUGACAUCCAGACUAGGAGACGGGAAAUCGAGGAGAAAUUUGCGUCAUGGAUCAUGUCAGGGAACGAUGGCCGUGUUGCUAAAGUUGAGCAUGUUGAGCUUGUCAAGACUUUCGCACCUGGUGUUUGGCAUUGCGUCUUCGAUGUUCACAUCACUCAAGCCGACCACCCACCAUCAGCUUGA